GGUCGGCGCUGGUCGGGCGGCAGAAGACGGUGAAGGCUUUUGAGUACCUGGUCUAUCGAGCAAUGGCGUGGGAUUCCCUCAAGGAGGUGCACCUGCAGGCCAUGAAGGAGAAGGCCGUUGAGACGUCGGAGGCGCUCAACGUGCAGCACAGGGCAGACGGCGCAGCCAAGGGCGGCGUGGUCUUCCUUGGGGGAAGCCUGCUGUCGCAGGUCGGCGACCUCCAGGAGCGCGUGGCGGCUCACCUGGGCAGGGCGGUGCCCGUGGUCAACGCCGCCUACGCGGGGACGACGACGACCCUGGUGCACGAGUCUCUCGAGGCACUCGCUCUGCGGCACAAGCCCGCGGUUCUGGUCUACGCGUGCGGCAGCCACGACCUCUUCUGCGGCUCGAAGGCCGCGGAAGCGGCCGCUGCCAUCCGGGCCUCCCACGCGGCCCUGCGCGAGAGGCUGCCGCAGGCGCGCGUCGUGCUGGUGGCCCUCCCCGUGACGCCGCUGCACCGCGCCUUGGCGCAGGAGGAGGAGGUGAAGAAGCUGAACAGGCUCCUGAAGACAUCGUGGCAGGUGAUGGGGGCAAGACCUUCCUGCUGGAGCUCGACCCUUUGUCCGAAGCGCCGCCCCAGGACGUCUACCUGCCCGACGACCACCACUUCUGCAGAGCAGGGCGCGAGAUGCUGCUGGCAGCCCUGCUCCCCGUACUCAAAGAGCAGCUAGCCGCAGCUGGCGUGUGCGUCGGCAAGCCGGGCUGAGAGCUGAAGAACCCAACUUUGCGGCGCCAGUGAGCUCGGCCGCAACGCGCGGCGCUGCAUUCCGUGUGAUGGCCCCCCCCGUUACACAAUGUGUCUUGCUCCUUUCCUGCGAUCACAUGUGCAUCCACUUCCGCGCCCUCGCGGGCUGGGCUCCGGGGGCGCGACGUCCCUCGCGUGCGCGGCCGCACGGUUUGCGCCCCGCGCGAGGCGCCCGCCCAACAGGCGCUUCGCGGGAGGCCACGCCUUCGUCCUGCUGGUGCUGUUCGCCCCCCCGCUCACGCUGUGCGCUUCGCUCCUGGUCAGCCUGGACGUGGUGUUCUUCGUGGGCCGCUGGUGGCUCUCGCCGCUCCUCCUGCUGCCGCUCGCCCUGAUCUUCCCUCUGCUCACCGUCGUUAGGCCUAGGCCGACGGGUCUCAUCUUGGCGAGCGUGCUCACCCCCUGCGUGGUCUUCAUCCUGGUCGGCGCCCACUACGCCUCCCACACCGAGGUGGCCGUGACCACGCUCAGGAGAGUCGCGAUUGCUUCGCCCUGGACGACAAGAAGGAGCUGGCGCGUGCCCACCAGGUCGCUGAGCAAAUUUACCGCGGGUGCGCCGAGGCGGUCUUGGGCACAGCGAGCGUGGCAGGCUGCCCCGGCUACAGGGAGGCGGCCGAGCAGUACGGCAGGUGCCGGGGCAGACAGCUCACCUCCAGUGGCGCGAGGAUCGCAAUUCGACUACCUCGAAUCUCUCGAGGUGCGCUUCCCGUGCGCCGGCAUCUGCCACCGCGGCCUGCGCCUCUGGGGCCCGGGCCGCGGCCAGGAGGCUCCCUCCUGCGGCCUCUUCGUGGCGGAGUGGAUGGGCGCCGCGCACACGCAGGCCGAGAUGGUGCUGGCGUACAGCACCGUCGUCGCCCUGGCGGCGAUCCCGGGCACUACCGUGGUGCUGCAGCCAUUUCUGCAGAAUUGGUACAUGCGGAACGCAUGGCCACAAUUAUGAUUUAGUUGAUCACGAGCCCUCUGGCGAAUUCGCUGAGGUGCUGAUACGAAGAAUAGAGGUAUCGUCUCAUUCUCAGCAACCAGAUGUGCAACUCAGGUGUUUGGACCGGUCUUAACAAAAGCCACUGCGAUGGAAGUCAUUGAUGUUGCUCCGUUUUGCUUGGACGUUUUUGCGUUGCGACGGUCUCUGAUGCUCUUCGGUGCUUAGGUCCACUCUGAUAGCUUCCAUUGCUUUACGUCAGAGUGCUGUGAUUCUUGAGGAGUCAAUCCCCGCGCGUUGGUUGUCCAUGGCUUGUGUUUUGUAUCGAUGGCCCUUCACUCGUGACUUGAGCGGCGGAGACAUGCUGUAGGAG